GAAAAAACAAUCUUAGGUGUAAAGUGACAGUUUGGAUGUUUUUGUGACUAAGCAGAAAACUCAAAAAUCUGUGCUGAAAUUUGGCACUCUAUAAUCAGGGAAUAAAGUCUGAAAGGUGUGGUACCAGUAAAAAUAAACUGUGUUCACUUCACAGUUUUUUUUUUUUUUUUUUUUUUUUAUACCAGUAAUUGAACUCAGCCUUGAACUGAGCUUUUUUCUUUUCUUUUUUCCUCCCUAGCUUUUUUCUUUUCUUUUCCUUUCCUUUCCUUUUCUUUGAGUAGGUCCUACUAAGCAAGUAAGUUGUCCAGGCUGGCCUCAAACUUGCAAUCUUCUGGCUUCAGCCUCCCACAGUACGGGGAUUACAAGCAUGUAUCACUACACCAGGUUAGAAAUACAAUUCUUCACAAUUCUAGGGAAGUUCUAGAACUAAACUGAAACAAUCAUCAUAAAGAGAAUGAUACUAACCAAUUCCAUAGCAGCAUUUACCCCUGAAUGCUAAUGUUUUCCCCAUGGGAAAUAUAACAAAAAGGAGAAGCCUAGUGACUGACAGCGCCCAGUUGUUGAAGGACAACCAGCCCUUAACACUGCACAUUAAGCUCUAUGAGGCCAUAAUCAAAGAAGACUGUACUGCCAUCCGCACACUCCUCAGAAAUCACCCAGUUGACCAGCCUUUGAUCAUUCCAUCUAACAACAACUACUAUACACGACCCCUGCACCAGCCAACACGUUCCAUCAUUCCCAUUCAUCUGGCUGCCAAAUUUCGCAAUGCCCAAAGUUUGCUUUGUUUGUUAGAACACGGGGCUGACCCUGAAGUAAGGAACACACGAGGCCUCACCACUCUCGAGUUGAUGAUACUACACUGGCCAAUCACUUCUAUCACAUGGACAAAACCAAGUAACAGAAUCCAAAAGAUCCUGACAGACCAGGACAAUGCUGAAACGUGUCUCCGCAUCUUGUGUAAAUACGGAGCUCAAGUUAAUGCCCAGGCAGACAACAGUGACAAAGUUUCCCCCCUCCACUUGGCCAUAUCAUACGGGACCCAUCCAGUUCUUUCCAUAUUGGUCCAAAAUGGUGCACAGGUCAAUGCUACUAAUGAAGCCAGCAUGACCCCCCUUCACAUGGCUGCAGAUCUAUUGAGCACAGACAUGAUAGAAACACUUAUCGCACAUGGUGCAGAUGUUAACUGUGCUGUCUCCUCCACAGGGAACACAGCCCUGAUGCUGGCAGUGUGCACUGCAUCGAGCAAAGCAGGCCGCCUGUUAGUAGCAGGGCUGAGCUGUAUCCAUUUGCUGUUAAUGCAUGGAGCCAAGGUCAAUGCCCAGAACAGUGAAGGGCAAACAGCUCUCCAUGAGGCUUGUUUUGGAGGUAGAGAAGCAGUAAUCAGUCUCUUGCUAGAAUUUGAGGCUAAUGUUAACAUUUUAACAAAAAAUGGGGAAUCUCCAAUUUACAUGUACCUUCAGCGAAGCUCCAAUCUCAGAGACAAGACUCUUUUUGCCAAGUUACUUUGUCGCACUUAUCCUUUAAAACUGACCAAUAAGCAAGGAAUUCUACCUACAGGAAUCAUGCCACAUGAAUUCUACUCCUUAAGGCAAGCCUUAAUAAACUUAUCUCAAAAACCUUUAUCCCUAGAAGGAAUCUGCAAAAAAACCAUCAGAAAUCUUUGUAGUGAGAAACACAAACAUCAUCUGAAGCAAUUUCUCCCAGUAAAGAUAUGGAACUCAAUAUACUGCUGUUAUGACUUAGCUUACCUCAAGUAAGACCAUGUUCCUCAAGUCCCAGAGAAUUCUAGCAAUUGAAAUUGCAUUUUCUAGCUAGAGACGUACCACAAAAUACUGAACCCAUUAUCUUUACAUCCCAAUGCACAAA